UUCAAUUGGGUUUCCACUCCAAACAUGAAAAAGAAAAAUGGAGGUUGUUAAGAACUUGAAGAUCCCAGAAACGCAGCCACUAAUUCUAUGAAACCCAGAUAACAAAUCCAAUCCAUAAUACCCAGAAAGAUUCCACCUUUAAUGGGAAAGUCACUUCCUUCCUCGACCCGGCUCCAAAACUUGACCCGAAUCAUCUCCUCCGACAAGUUCUCGCGCCCCCCGAAACGCCCGACCCAAGUCCGGGUUUCGCCGCCGCAAACCGCGAAAACGGGUAGUAUUCUCCGGGUCGACCCGGAGAAAGCCGGGCUGAAGAUGGAGAGCUCCGAAGAGCAGAGACGGGUCCCGCUGGCCCGGAUCGUAUCGGACUGCGCCAAGCGGUGGUUUCAGGACACGCUCAAGGAGGCCAAGGGCGGCGACUCCGCAAUGCAGGUCUUGGUGGGCCAGAUGUAUCAUAGUGGCUAUGGUGUUCAGAAAAACCCAGAAAAGGGACAUGCUUGGAUCAGUAGAGCUUCAAGAAGUCGAAGAUCGGUUUGGAAAGUAAGCGAGAAGCAACCAGGUUACCACGCAAGUGAUUCCGACUCGGAUGAAUUGGAAGAGGAUGCAAAGUAAAGGCCAACUACACUUUCGUUUCAAAAUUACUUUUGAGGUUGGGUUAAAUUUCUUUCGUUCUUACUGUUAAUGUAGAAGCUUUGUGGUUUGAUUUUGAUGUGAUCUUGCUAACUCAGCAAUAUAAGAAUUGAUAUCUACCCUUACUUUGCAUAAGCAAGUAUUUUGGUUAUCUA